CACUGAUAUGUGGCACUGAUUGGCAUUGAUAGGUGGCACUGACUAGCACUGAUGGGUGACACUGAAAGGCAGCUCAGAUGGGCACUAAUAUGUGGCAUUGAUGUGCACUGGUAGGCACUGAUAUGUGGCACUGAUGGGCACUGGCACGUGGCACUGUUCAGCACUGACAUCUGGCACUGAUGGACACUGACAGGUGGCGCUUAUGGGGCCACACUGAUCAUCAGGGCACACUGAUCAUCAGUGCCCUGAUGAUCACUGUCAGCGUGACAGCUCGUGAGGAGAGAAAUGCCGAUAACCGGAAUUUACCUGUUUACAUGUGAUCAACUGUG